GCGGCCGCGGCGAGGGGAGCGGGCGGGCGCGGCCGGCUGGCUGUCCUGCGCUGCUGGGGAAGGCGAGAGCCCUGGUGCCGGCCGAGAGGAGAGAGGCAAGGGAAGUUACAGCGGUGGCAGGAUGACAGACGCCGGACAGCGCUCAGCAAUGGCCGAGAGCUCAGCUAUGACUGCAGCAGUGUCAGAGAGAGCAGCACCAACCAAGCUAGAGGAGCUCCUGGAGAUCACCGCUCAGAGCCUGGUGCGCGCCGAGGUGGCGGAGCACUAUGAGGUUGUUCGGGAGCUGGGCAGGGGCAAGUAUGGCCACGUGAUGCUAGUGAUCCACAGGCAGAGAGGGACUCCUAUGGCUCUCAAGCUGCUACCCAAAGCCAGUACCAAGCUGCACACCUUCCUGUAUGAGUAUUGCGUAGCGCUGUCCCUCGCCGCCCACCCUGCCAUCAUUGGCAUGUUUGGAAUUGCCAUUGAGUCCAGCCAGUACUAUGGUUUCCUCUAUGAACCAGCGCUGCACAAAGACCUCAUUUCUAUCAUCAAACCCCGCGACGGGAUCCCGGAGCCGGCCGCCAAGCAGUGUGCCAAGCAGCUCGUGAGCGCGCUGGAGUUCAUCCACAGCCGGGGGCUGGUGUACCGCGACAUCAAGCCUGAGAACGUGCUGCUUUUCGAUCCCGACUGCCGGCUCGUCAAACUCACUGACUUCGGGCUGACGCGGCCCAGGGGCACCAAGCUCAAGCUGGUGGCCGGGGUAAUCCCCUACACUGCCCCCGAGCUGAGCAACACCGCUGAUGCCCAGGGGGUGCCCAUCGACACCAGCAUGGACGCCUGGGCCUUCGGGGUGCUGCUUUUCUGCCUGCUGACGGGCUACUUCCCCUGGGAGCAGAGCCUGCCGGAGGACCCUUUCUUCGAGAACUUCAUGCAGUGGCAGGAGACGGGCCUAGAGAAGGACGUGCCCCGGCACUGGAAGCGCCUGACGGCCGAGGCUGCCGGGAUGCUGCGGAGCCUGCUGGCUCUGGAUCCCGCCAAGCGUGGCCCCGUCAGCGGGGUGCUGCGCUACGUCCACUGCCCGUGGCGGCUGGAGGAUGGCCGCAGCGAGGAGGCGGCCGUGAAGUCCUAGAGCCCGCUCCCCACGGCAGGAGGGAAGGAGGGUCUCAGCCUGCAAGGAGCUUCAGGGGCUGGGCGCCGUGGUGGCCUGGGCGGGAGAGGCCACGGUGACCCGGAGAGCAGCUUCUCUGCAGCACUGUCCCCGCUGCCACGGAGCCAAGCUCCUUCCCCAGCCGAUGGUCCGCACCCCGGGACUCAGUGCUGCCCCGUGCCGCCUCCUUGUGGCUUGAGAACAUCCCUCUCUUGGAAAUGACUGCGUGAAGCAUCCGCUUGUGUCCUAGCCACAGAACUCCGGGGAGAUAUUUAGGCUGCAGCACCUGCCGUGUCUCAAAAUAGAGUAAAAUAUGUACUUUUGUGUUUCUGUA